AGAACUGCAUUUAAGGGGUUAUAAGGCACCGGCUAUUGAGAACUUUGGUAGUACACACGAUCAAUUUGAUACAGUUGACCUGACUGAUAACGAAAUAAGAAAGUUGGAUGGAUUCCCUCUGCUCAAGCGAUUAAAACAUAUUAUUCUUACCGAUAAUAAGAUUAUUCGCAUAGCUGAAGAUCUAACCUUUCAAGUUCCGAAUCUUGAAACACUUAUCCUUUCGGGAAAUAACUUUGCCGAACUUAAAGAUCUCGAUCCACUUUCUCUUUGUAAAAAUCUAACAUUUCUUACGCUGGCCCAAUGUCCCGUGGCACUUAAACCCAAUUAUCGUCUCUAUGUCGUUUUUCGUAUACCAAAUGUGAGUUUACUAAUGAGUGUACUUGUUUCCUAUUUUUUCAUCAAGUAA